GAUUUUAAUUAUAUAUCAAUUAUAAAAGGACUGAUUUUUUAGUUAACACUUGUAAAAGAAAAAACACGUAAUUUAUACCACAGUAUAUGGUCUUGAGAUACUCAAAUUUGCAUAUCCAAGUUCUCUGCAUUCAUUUCUUUAAAUAUGAACAUCUCCUUGAGUUUUCAGGCUUUGUGCACUUUUCUGUCUGCAACAACUGAAACGUGCUGCAAAAUUAGACUUCCUGAAGGAAGAGACUCAAAAAUCUUUCUAAAUGUUCACCAAUUUAACUUUUUAGCAAGUUUUCAAAUUGGCAGUGUCCUUAACAUAGAUUCUGCAAAAAUCCUGAUGGGACCAAGAUGUCCAUGGUGGGUCUGUAAGAGCGUGUGCACUAACCCAAAAAUCCUUCACAGCGAUACCUGAUGAAUACUGCAGAUCUAAGUCAGAUCUUCUUGCUCCAGCAGACGAGGACAGAGGGAAGGGACAGCCCAGAGGAGCAGCGGACGCUCACGUCUCGUUACAGCUGUGCUGGAGGUUGUCCAUCUCUGCCUGCAGAAACGGCUCCUGCCCUGACCAAACAGGAGAGAUCGCUGGAGUCACCGAAGUGGGCCAGGAGCCAGUUUUCAUUUCCCGGUGACUUUCCCUGCGGGCUGCUCACAGCCGGCCGGGCUCCCAUCUCCCUUCGCGCAGGAGUUUGGCAGAGUUGCUAUGACGACUUGGCCCUGGUGUGCACAGCUGCAGCACCCAGCCCGCACCGCUCUCCGAGUGCAGCUGAAAACACAAUGCCUGUUGUGAAAUACCCCAGGGCUGUAGAGCCUCUCUGGCAUGAAUGGGACGGGAAAGCACAGAAAUGUGGAUUAAGACAUACGGUCUAUGCUGUAAAUGGGGAUCAGUACACUGGAGAAUGGCUGGACAACUUGAAGCAUGGCAAAGGCACCCAGAUCUGGAAGCGCACCGGUGCUAUUUACAGCGGUGACUGGAAGUUUGGGAAGCGGGAUGGGUAUGGCUCGUACAGCAUUCCUGACCCCCUGACCAAGGAAUACAAGAAAGUGUACACAGGCUGGUGGGAAAACGACAAAAAGUGUGGCUACGGGACAAUGUUCUACCCCAGCGGGGAGUGCUACGAGGGCGAGUGGAGCGGCGGGCUGAGGAGCGGCUGGGGUCGGAUGUGCUACAGGGACGGCUCCGUCUACGAGGGGCAGUGGCUAGCGGGCCAGCCAGGCGGGCAGGGGAUGCUGUGCCUGUCAAAUGAAAACCGGUAUGAAGGAGGUUGGAAAGAUGGAAAGAAGCACGGCCCAGGGCGAUUCUUCUACCUGGAUAAGGGACAACUGCUUGAAGGCAUCUGGGUGGCAGACAUACCAAAAUGCGGGAUUAUGAUCGACUUUGGCCGAGACGAAGCUCCUGCCCCUACUCAGUAUCCAAUCCCCAAGAUUGAACUAGCCGAUCCAGAUGCUGUCUUAGCAGAGGCCCAAGCGAUGUUUGAUGACAACCAGAACUAAUAACCAGAUGCUGAAGAAAAAGAGAUGCAAGAUAAGAACGUGAGCCUGGGUUACUUACUCAUUUGAGUCUCAUGUCCUUGCCGUGGCAUACUGCGUUGUGGUCACCCUGCUUGUCCUUCAAAACUGCCCCCAGCAUGAGGUCUCUUCCCACCCACCAUUAUUUAAAAAAAAAAAAACCAAAAAAACACACAACACAAAACAAACACAAGCUGGAAGAGGCAGUGACUCUGGCCACCUCCUCUGGCUUACUCCUGCACAGAAAUAGCUCUCCUGUUAGUUUCAAGGCACUUUUAAAGACCUUAGAGAAGCAACAGGGUUUCAAUUAAGUGUUAUAAAAAAAAAACCCUAGAGAAGUACAGUCAAAUAAACGCACCCCAGCUUAGCUGGAUACAUACUGGUGAACCAAGCGGCUUUGGAAGCUCUAACAGGUGAUGUUUCAAUUAGCACUUUUAUUAAUGCAGCUUUACUUGCUGUCUGUGCACAUCAUGUAACACAGUGCUUUUUUUUUCCCUAACCGCACUGGAGCAAAGCACAUCGAGUACUGGCUCUGCUCCUGUGCCAGCCCACGGCCCUGCGCUGGCUGCUCCGCCUGCACAGAGGGGCACAGGCCGUGUGGAGCUGCCAGCACCAAUAAGCAUCACCUACGAGAACACGAAGGAAGGUGGCAUUACAGCCACCUGGUGAAAACUGCACUGUGGGGGAGUGCGUAAUUAGUUCACCUGAUUUAAACUGCGCUUCUGAGUAUCAUGUCUUGUUCACAGUUCAAGUGGUCCCUUGACUCUUCACAUUUUCUCAGCUGGAAGGUAACCUACUUUCCUACUUAAACAGAGUAACAAAACACGCCCUAGGAUCGAGGUUGAAGCAGUGCUGGUGGGAGGAAAACCAUGCUGCCAACAUUAUGCUCCUUAUACCUGUGGAACAGGCAAUUUCAUCUUUGUACGACUGAAAUGACUAACGGCAUAAAUGUUGGAGGUCCUCGGAAAUACAGCUAGGAUUAGCAGAGCAUAGCCACAGAGAUAAUGGAUGUAGAAAAAAAACCAUUUUUUUAGGCAUCUAAGUAACAAAUAAUGAACAGCAACUGAGCAUAUUUUAUUUCAUUAUUUGAAGUGAUUUUAUAUCUAAAGAAGUGAUAUACAACAACUGAUGUUUAAAAUGCUUCAGGUAAAUGCAUAAUACCAUUAGUAUAAAUAAAACCAAAACUUUAUGUGCACUCUUUAACAUUUAGAGCCACGCGGUUGGGUCUGGUUACUGCCUCUGGCACAGUUGAGAGAGUGCCCAAGGUAUGACUUUCAUGACCAUUUCCAGAGCUGGAAAAUGAGAGAAAUACACUUGAUAUCAGAGAUUAAAGUGCAGAAAAUAGUUAGAAAAGCAGCUGUUGUAACAGCUCCAUUAACUCAAAAAUUAGAGCAUGAGAAAAUUAAAAAUUUUAAUUUUGUAUUUCCUAAACAAAACACUUCCCUGACACUUUUUAAAAGAUCUGCAAGAUAAAAAGAAAUUCAGCAAUUUAUCAAGGACAGCAAAUAAUUUUACAAAAUAAGCUUGGAAAACAUUUUCUGGACUUACAUUCAAAAUAAUGUUAGAACUUUAAAAUACGUAACUUACAGAAGUGUAUUGUUUAAGCCUGACAGCACCCUUUUGACCAUUUGUUCUAGUAUGAAUAUUGAGUCAGAUCUGCUUCCUCUACUGAGUCUCCCUUCCCAAUAUGGGACUGGUAUUUCACGGAAGGAUGGGCAAAUACAUUUUGUGCCUAUUGCAAAGAUUUCAUGUUUUGGAAUGCUGUGGCAUUUAAUGCCUUUACUAUUUAAUCUUUUCAGUGCUCCAUGAAUCAAUACCUGAGGAACUGCAGUCACAAUUCUCACCAUCAGAUUUACACCAGUAAUAGAAUAUUUAUACCUGAAACACAAAUUAAUGGCAGAGCUACGGAAAAUCCUGCCUGGCUCCUGUAUGCCAGGAGGACUUCUGAAAUUGGCAAGUGGAAAGCUGUUUUCUGCAGGUGGACAGAGAAUACCCCAGCAAGAAAGCUGCUGAAAAAACACCAAGUCCUUUUUUAAUGGUUAGUUUUCAGAACACAAAACGCAUCGCAGGUAGCCUUGUCAACACUUCACACUGCAGCAGUGCUGACACAAGGGAUCAGUCCCAAUCACUUCAGUGGGCUGCUUCCCUGGUAAACACCACGCUCUGCCACCCACCCUGUCAACACAUCCCAUGGUUUUUAAGUACAUCGGGAUAACCUGAGAUGGAGGUUGGGUGUAAGAGACCACAUCCAGCCCAGGCUCAGUCAGGUACAGCUCCCUGUAACCCAUCUGGGUUCUAAAAAAGAAAAACACCACAGGCUUAUAUUCCACAGUGUUAGCUACAGUGUGGGGUCAAGUUUUGUUCCAAUAGAUUUUAAACUUGUCUUAAAA